CGCGGGAGCCGCAGGAUUACGGCGCUGGCUCCGCGGGGAAGGGCAGCGCUGCGGCGGCUGGAAAGGCUCGGCUGCAGGUUAAACCUUGCCACCUGAAAGAUUUAAACACGCAGUUCCUCUGAGACAACCAGAAUUACUGAAUUCAGGAGACAGAAGAUGCUGCUGCUGUGGGAGCAGCUGUUGCUGGUGUCGUUUGUUGGCUGCCUUGCAGAUGGGGAGAGCUCCAGGAUGAAGAUGAGGAGCGCGGUGUCGGUGCGGGAGGGCCAGGGCGUCGUGCUGCUCUGUGGGACCCCGCCCCGGGCAGGAGACUUGUCAUUUGCCUGGAUCUUCAACGAGUACCCCUCGUUUGUGCAGGAGGACAGCCGGCGCUUCGUGUCGCAGGAGACAGGACACCUGUACAUCGCCAAGGUGGAGCCGUCAGACGUGGGCAACUACAGCUGUGUGGUGACCAGCACGGCCAGCAGCAGCCCCGUGCUGGGCUCCCCCACGCCCCUGGUGCUGCGCACAGACGGUGUGAUGGGAGAAUAUGAGCCCAAAAUAGAAGUUCAGUUCCCUGAGACGCUCGCAGCAGCCAAAGGCUCCACUGUGAAGCUGGAGUGCUUUGCUCUAGGAAACCCUGUGCCUCAGAUUAACUGGAGAAGAACUGAUGGGCUGCCAUUUCCAAGUAAAAUAAAGCUGAGGAAAUCCAAUGGCAUGAUUGAAAUCCCUAAUUUCCAGCAGGAGGACGCAGGGCUCUAUGAAUGCAUUACCGAAAACUCCAGAGGCAAAAACAUUGCAAGAGGACGUCUCACUUACUAUGCAAAGCCUCACUGGAUCCAGACCAUAAAGGAUGUGGAAGUUGCUGUGGAGGACACUUUAUACUGGGACUGCAGAGCAAGUGGGAAGCCCAAACCAUCCUACAGGUGGCUGAGGAACGGAGAGCAGCUGGCAAUAGAGGGAAGGAUCCAAAUUGAAAAUGGUGCACUUACAAUAUCAAAUCUAAAUCUGACAGAUUCUGGCAGAUACCAGUGCAUAGCUGAAAAUAAACAUGGUGUCAUCUCUUCGAGUGCAGAGCUCAGGGUUGUAGCUUCUGCUCCAGAUUUUUCCAAGAGUCCGAUGAAGAAACUGAUCCAGGUUCAGAUAGGCAGCACAGUUGAUUUUGAGUGCAAACCCAAAGCUUUCCCUAAGGCCAAAUGUUCCUGGAAGAAGGGAGGUGAGCAGCUACACGAAAAUGAAAGGAUGACACUGUUAAAGGAUGGAGGACUAAGGAUAGCAAACGUGACCAAGGGGGAUGCUGGCAGCUACACGUGCCUGGCCACAAACCAGUUUGGAACAGCCAGGGGCUCCACCAGCUUGAUAGUUACAGAGCCAACCAGGAUCACCUUGGCACCUUCCAACAUGGAUGUCACCGUGGGGGAGAGCGUGGUGCUGCCCUGCCAGGUGCAGCACGAUCCCCUGCUGGACAUCAGCUUCACCUGGUACUUCAAUGGGACCCUCACGGACUUCCAGAGGGACGCCUCUCACUUCGAGAAGGUUGGAGGGAGUGCCUCAGGGGAUUUGAUGAUCAGGAACAUCCAGCUGAAGCACAGUGGGAAGUACGUGUGCAUGGUGAAGACAGAGGUGGACAGUGUGGCCUCUGCUGCCGACCUCAUCGUGAGAGGCUCUCCAGGACCCCCCGAGCACGUGAAGGUGGACGAGAUCACGGACACCACUGCCCAGAUCUCCUGGCAGGAGGGCACGGACAACCACAGCCCUGUGACCACCUACACCAUCCAGGCCAGGACUCCCUUCUCCGUGGGCUGGCAGAGAGCCACCACAGUUCCGGAUGUGAUCGACGGGAAAACCUUCACAAGCACAGUAGUGGAUUUAAAUCCUUGGGUUGAAUAUGAAUUUCGUGUAGUUGCCAGUAACAAAAUAGGAGGUGGAGAGCCUAGUUUGCCCUCAGAAAAAGUAAGAACUGAAGAGGCAGUUCCCGAAAUUCCCCCCUCUGAGGUCAGUGGGGGAGGAGGCAGCAGAUCUGAGCUGGUCAUAACGUGGGAUCCCGUCCCUGAGGAGCUGCAGAACGGGGAAGGAUUUGGCUACGUGGUUGCCUUCCGCCCCUCGGGCACCACGACGUGGAUCCAGACCGUGGUGACCUCUCCUGACACCCCCAGAUACGUCUUCAGGAACGAGAGCAUCCUGCCCUUCUCGCCCUACGAGGUCAAGGUCGGGGUCUACAACAACAAAGGAGAGGGGCCCUUCAGCGCCGUCACCACGGUGUUCUCCGCCGAGGAAGAGCCCAGCACGGCCCCCUCGGGAGUGUCAGCCACCAGCCUGUCCUCCUCGGCCAUCCUGGUGUCCUGGACAGCCAUUCCCUGGAAGCUGAGCAAUGGAAGGCUGCUGGGCUAUGAGGUUAGGUACUGGAAUAAUGGGCAAAAAGAAGAAUCUUCAAACAGAGUAAAAGCAGCAGGGAAUGAAACAUCAAUAAAAAUUACGGGGUUGAGGAGCAACUUGGUUUAUUACACAGCUGUCCGUGCCUACAACAGCGCUGGAGCAGGGCCCUUCAGUGCCACUGUCAAUGCCACCACCAAAAAGCCACCUCCCAGCCAGCCUCCAGGAAACGUGGUGUGGAAUGUGACAGACUCCAGAGUUAUCCUGAGCUGGGAGGAGGUCAGAGCCAUGGACAACGAGUCCGAGGUCACGGGCUACAAGGUUCUCUACAGGACCAGCAGCCAGAGCAGGGUGGACGUGCUGACCACGGACACGACCACGGCCGAGCUGUGGCUGCGGCUCCAGGACGAUUAUUUAAUCGAGGUCAGAGCAACCACGGAGGGGGGAGAUGGCAGCAGCAGCGAGCAGAUCCUCAUUCCCAGACUAGCCAGUAUGGAUGCAAGAGGUUCUGGCCCAUCAGUCUCGAGGACCUUCAGUGUCUCCGGCUUCUUAGCAACAAUAUUUUCCUUGACCCUUAAUUCCAUGUUGUGCUGAUAUAUUUGCAUUUGCUGGGGGAAAAAAUAAUUGGUUA